ACGCGACAACUCACAAUGGCACCCAAACAAAAUCGAGUGACGAAGCCUAGCAAUGGCCCAAAACGUUCCGCAUCGAAGACGUCCUCGAGCGGGCCUUCAAAAUCGAAGAAACCUUCCAAACCACUUCCUGCAGUCAAGACGGUCAAGACGAAGCAGGGUACUGCGAAGUCCAAACUCCCGCCUCAUAAGCGAUAUAAGGAGUCUGAGCUCAAGGUGCCUCAACUGAACGGAAUCGUACCCGCCGGUGUGUCGAAGCCGCCAAAUCAAAAGAAGGGCAAAAAGUUCGUGGACGACAAGGAAAGCAUGAACACAAUUCUAGCCAUGGUCAUGGCCGAGAAGGAAGGCAAUCUGGAGAGUAAGAUGAUGAAGGCGCGGCAAUUGGAAGAAGUCAGAGAAGCAAGGAGGAUCGAGGCCGAGAAGAGGGUGGCUGGCAAGAAGAGCGAGAUGGAAGAGAGAAAGGCGAACAUCAAAACUGAAGGCAAGAAGAGCAAAAGGCGGCGCAGCGCAGGAGAUGUGGACGGUGAUGCGCCAACAAAGAGCAGCAGAUCUGGCGAUGAUGGGACCAAGAAGGUCAAGUUACGGAAACGGGUCAGCUUUGGUUGA